AUGUUUCCUUUAUUCUGUGGCAUACUACUGUCUUCCAUAGGAAACACGGAAGGUGACUCCGUCCUUCAGAAUCACUCAAUAUUCCUGCAGGAAAAUGAGAAGGCAGUAUUAUACUGUCAGUAUGAAACCUCAUAUAGUGCUCCUGAUCUGUUUUGGUACAUUCAGUCAGAUAAGAAGUCACCAGAGUUCAUACUCAAUAGUUAUAAUACCCGUGGAAAUGGUUAUAAAGAAGGACUCACAGCAGAUCAUGAGAAGUCUAACAAGACCUAUAAUCUGAAGAUCGCUGCAGCUGUGCUGUCUGACUCUGCCACAUACUACUGUGCUCUGAGGCCCACAUUGUGUGACAGUUUUGAAGAUUCAAUCAUGGCAAUAAACAACACAGUACAUGCUCUGGGGGAAAGCAAUGUUGCACUGUCAUGCACCUACAGUAGUACUGCAAGUGCUAAGUAUCUGCACUGGUAUCGCCAAUAUCCCUCAUCCAAACCAGAAUUCCUCGUCCUCGUUGUAGAUGCCAGUGGGACUGAGCCAAAGAAGAGAGCUGGCCGAUUUUAUGCUAAAGUUGACAAAGAGAACAGCCGUGUGGAUCUGGAGAUUUCCUCUGCUGAAGUGACAGACUCUGCCCUGUACUACUGUGCCCUGCAGCCCACAGUGACAGGAAACCCAUUUACUCUGUACAAAAACCUGACUCUAACCUGCACAAGAUGCAACAUAAAAACAUUACAGCAUAUGCAGACAUAA